UGCCUGUCAAAUUCGUCGAGAAUAUAAGUUCUAGACUUCUUACACUUACAGUAUUUACAAAGAAAUUUUCAAUCAAAGCGUUGUACGUCUAGUUGUAGUGCACUGAACAAGUUGACUUUGGUGGCUCGACCCGAUAGGUAGGUUGGGUACUAGUCUCAACUGCACUUGGGAGGUGGUGGUGCGUCGUCAUACAAGUAUUUGAAGGCCCGCCUUGUCACCUGUAACUUGCAACCUGUAACCUGAUCCUCAUCACAUUUCCCAGCAGCGCGACAAUACAGCACGGCGUUUUCUAGAUCGAUUAUCGAAACGUACGUUCGCUGACCGGAACAAAGAAAGUCGCAUCCCGGAUUGCAUGAACCCAGAUCUCGAAUCAAGCAACAAUGGCGUCGUCAUCCUCACCUCCAACUCCUCUUCUCUACGCCUGUGUAGCCCAUAACACCACCAUCCUCGCAGAACAUACAGCUUCAGCAUCAUCUCAGACGUCGUCUCUCGCAUCCCUUGUCCUUCCCAAAAUCGAGCACAAAACUGCUCAAAAGCUCACCUACACCCACAACAGCAACUUCAUCCACUACAUCGCUGAUGCACCUUCCGAAUACGGACCAUCUUCUGCAUCCGCUGGCGGACUUACGUAUCUCGUGAUUGCAGACUCCUCCCUUGGUCGGCGUAUUCCCUUCGGCUUUCUAUUCGAAAUCAAGAAACGUUUCUUGGCCCAAUAUGCACUUGAGAGUACGGAUUUUGCGAGCUUGCCAAACUAUGGCGCUGGAAAUUUCAACAGUGAGCUGAAGAACUUGAUGGUGGAUUAUGGAACAACAAAAGCGGGGAAACAAGAUGCGAUUUCGAAUGUGCAAGGAGAAAUUGACAAUGUUAGAGGGAUCAUGAGCCAGAAUAUCGAGACUCUGUUGGAGAGAGGCGAAAGAAUCGAUCUUUUGGUUGACAAAACCGACAGAUUGGGAGGAAGUGCCCAUGAUUUCCGGGUCAGAAGCAGAGGCUUGAGGAGGAAGAUGUGGUGGAAGAAUGUCAAGCUCAUGGCAUUGCUCACGCUGGUGGUCAUCUUUUUGAUGUAUCUGUUCGUUGGUUUUGGAUGCGGAUUGCCAGGCUGGUCGAAGUGUGUUGGUUGAAAGUUGUCGAAUUCAUUAGUCACAUGCUUCAGGCGCUUGUAAGAUAUUGCAAGCAGGGAACUCAACUUAUACCACGGGGAGUUUGGUCGGUGUAGCACUUUCAGUCCGUAAUUUAUACAUAGGCCGUAGCCUUCAAAAUCCAGAGCUUUUAUCCUAAUAGA